GACAUGCAUACCAGUCACUCCUCCAUUAGAUUCCAUUUUUGCUUUGCCUCAUAAAAUGGCUGUAGGAGUGCAUUUUUAGACAGUGAAGGGAAGUGGAUUCUGCUGAUGCUUGAACCUCUGUAUUCUUAUGACAUUCUUAACCUUGGCCUCAAAGACCCAACCUGGGCCCCUGACCAAUCCAACCUCUGUAAAAAGAUGGGGAUGAACUGAACACCCUUUUAGGAAAUUAGAACCCUGAGGGGUCCAUCUGGCCUAUCUUCUGGAAUCUUUUUUAUUCUCUUUCAUGAAAAAUUGACUAACUGCAGUUACAGAUCUCUAGAAGCCAGUGGUUUGGAGGAAGCCUUUUCAUCUGCUCAGUUAGAUUUAGCCAGGGACUUGCACAGACAGAUUCACAGGCAGAAAGACCAUUUAUUUCCACAUGUACACAUGCAGAAGUCACUCAGAAGUAACUCUGAAAGACCAAAGAAAAAGGUUUAUGAACCAACUUAACAAAAAAUUGGUCCAUAUAGGCCUCCAAUGGAAAGUUUAGCAGAUUCUAUUGUGCUUUUUGAUAUACUACGUGUGGUUGAAUUCUCAUCUCCCGUGUUAUGGAAUCUCCUUAAUUUUUAAUUUACUAGUCUUAUGAUCUGAUGUCUCAGUGGGACUUAUUGAUGCUGAGAAUCUGAGAUGCUGUUGGUUUUAAAAUGUACCACUGUUUUAUAUACUACAGCCGAAGAAAAACAAUAUCUUAACUAAACUAUGACAUACCGCUAAUUGUAAGCUACAUCUCAAUUUUAGAGAUGUUAAAAUGUGAGUAAGUGUGUAAUUAACACGGUCACCAGUGAUGCCUGGGUGUCUCACCCCAAAAGUAUGAAACGACUGACAUCAGUGGAUCUGGAUUUUCCUAAUAGAUAACACAGGAAGGCCUGGGCACCCCCGGGGAGGCACAACCGUCCCCCCAAACCCUUCUGCCGUCUUCCAGUGGACAGUGGACUGGUCACUGCCAGCUGGGGCGCGGGCACCUCCAAUCCAGUCUUGGUUCUUGGUUUCUGGUAAGCAGGUUUCAGGGCUGUAAUCUUGUGUGUCGGUUAUGUGAAAUAUUGGUGAAAGAGAUUCGCGGCUCUGUGCGCAUUGCCUGACCUCCUCUAGGACUCAGAACGGAUCCAUGUGAGCUGCUCUACGGCGUCUCCCACCAGCAACAGCCUGUGCCCCCCAGGAUGCUCUUCCUCCUGAGUCCUGUGUCCGACUUCCCUCCAUGCGUGGUAUUUCCAAGGGCUGAGGAUCCUCCCACUGGCCUCUUCUUGGAAGCCCCACCCCCUGUGGUCUCUAUAAAUCUGCGCUCCAGGGUCCCCGGAAUUGCAGAAUCUGGCCUCCUCUCUCUCCCAGAGACGAAGCUAGACGCCCAGGUGGCCCCCAGGGAAGCGAGGCCACCAUGGCUCUGAAGACCUUCAUCCUGUCCUCCCUGCUGGCCCUGGGGCUGCUGGUGCUGGAAGGGGCCCAGCCUUCCCGGCGGAGGGAGUCUCAAGCUGAGAGGUUUGUGCGGCAGCACAUGGACACAGGCAAUUCCUCUGAAAGCAACUCCACCUACUGCAACCUGAUGAUGAGGCGCCGGAAUAUGACGCAGGGGUACUGUAAGGCGGUGAACACCUUUGUGCACGAGACCCUGGAGGACGUCCAGGCUGUCUGCCUUGAGAGAAACAUCACCUGCAAGAAUAAGCAGAACAACUGUCACCAGAGCAAUUCCACAAUGAACAUCACAGACUGUCGCCUGACUGGUGGCUCCAGGUACCCCAACUGUGCCUACCGGACCAGCAGCAAAGAGGCACACAUAAUCAUUGCCUGUGCGGGGGACCCACCUGUGCCAGUCCACUACGACGGCUCCGUGGAGGCCUCCACCUCAGCUUGGACCGGUGAUGCCCCCUCCACCCCUCCCUUGAGGCUCCUGCUUUCCCAGACUCUCUCCUCUUUGCCUUGAUGGGAACAGCUCUGGUUGGGCUCCUGGCCAUCCCACACUAGCAUCCCUGCCUGAGGUUGCGUUACGAGGCUUGGGGGGCGGGGAGGGGGGGGCGGGAAAACACGGCUUGUGUGUCCCCACAGUAACCUUCUCACUGCUUCUUCAAUAAAACACAGUUGCAACCUGAA